AUGUUAAGAAAUAAAACUAGCUCUCUAAUAGUAAGCAAUAUUUAUAAAAGAUAUUCCAGCGAUUUCAAACAUACCACAUUUCGGUCAAACGAUGUUAAUGGUUUCCCAAAAAAAAGUUUGGGUGAAAUAGUUCCAGAUACAACCACUGAUUCAGGAAAAAUUAAAGUUAUUAAACAAGAUGAUCUUUUUCAAAAAUAUCAACUCUCAGCUCCAAAAAAUUCUAUUGCAUCGCGUUUGCAUCCCAAAACGCUCCUAGGUAAAAAUACUUUAACUGGACAAAUUAAAUUGAAUCCAAUAGUGGCUAACGCUAUAAACAACAGUAUUCUAAAAGUACAUGUCCCCAACCAUUUAAGAAGGUCUGCAGCAAAUUAUUUUAUCGAGCUACAAGAAAAAAAUCUACAUAGACCAGCAAAAAGCUUAGUUGAAGUCGACGCUCAUAUUGCAUCUAUCUUUUUACAAAAUUAUGCCAGUAUUUACCAGUCUUUAUACGAACUAAAGAAAAAGGUACCCAAUUUUAACCCAAAAUCUGUUUUGGAUGUUGGAUAUGGUCCGGCAACAGGGAUCGUUGCCUUGAAUGAUUUGAUGGGGAAAGAAUAUAGACCCUCUAAGAAGGAAGCAGUAAUUUUAAGUCACAGUGAAAUGAUUAAAAGAGCAAAAAUUAUUUUGAGCAGACAAUUGAAUGAAAUACCUGAUGAUUUAUUGUACGAAGAGAAAGCUACAAGAUCACUAAAAGAUGCAGAAACAGAAUCGGCAUUUGCCAGAGAGCACAGUACUAUUGACGAAGAAGAAAAAGAAGAUGAUGGUGAUUUGGUAGGUGUAGUUAAAACUAAACAAAUAAAAAUAAAUACAAUUUUAAAGGAUUCUGUUCCAGGUGUGCCAAACCAAUAUGAUUUAAUAAUUUUAACUCAUCAACUUUUAAAAAAUGAGGAAAAAUUUCCAUAUCAAGUAGAAGAUAAUUUGGAACACUAUUUAAGUUUAUUGGCUCCUGGAGGUCAUUUAAUUAUAAUUGAAAGGGGUAAUCCCCUAGGGUUUGAAAUUAUUGCCAGAGCAAGACAAGUUAUGAUCAGACCCGAAAGCUACCCUAACGAGCAUGGGAAAAUCCCUAGGCCAUGGCUCAGAGGCUCCAUAAAUAAACCAAAGAAUUCAUCAUUAUAUGAUGCAGUAGAAAAAAAUGAUAAAGAUGGGAAUUCAUUAUUAGCAGACAUUAAUAAAAAAUUUGGCGAAAUAAAAGAAACUGAUUUAAAAUUUGAAUCUGCAUUGGAAGAAAAUUUGAUAGAGCCAGAUAAUGAAGAUGCUAAUAAUAUUGAUUUUCACUUAAAAAUUUUAGCACCAUGUUCUCAUCAUCGCAAAUGUCCCUUACAAGUUGGAAAACCACAGUACUAUGGUUAUUCUAUCGGGAAAAACUUGAAAUUUUGCAAUUUUCAAAAAAUCGUUCAAAGGCCAAAAUUCAGCAUUGAGUUGAAAAGAGGCAAAAUAUUGUCAUCUGAAUGGCAAGAAAAGGGCAUUGGCGAGUCGAAACCUGGUUCUGGCAGGGAAAAUUGUAAGGAUUCUGAAGUUUUGAACUACUCCUACUUGAUAGUGGAAAGAACACUAAACGAUCAGGCUACAAUUAACAAAAUUGUCGAGGCAAGAAUAGCACAGAAAAAUUCCCAAGAAUUGUUGGAUAAAAAAAAGUUUGAUGUAGGCUACACUGGUGAUGAUAACUAUGAAUUAUGGCCAAGAAUUAUAAAUGAUCCUCUUAAAAUGAAGGGACAUGUCACAAUGGAUGUUUGUGCUCCGUCUGGGUUUUUAGAAAAAUGGACAAUUCCAAAAUCGUUUUCUAAACAAGCUUACCACGAUGCUCGUAAAUCUAAUAAAGGUGAUGUUUGGGCAUUAAAUGCAAAAACCAAAUAUAAAGGCGUAAGUAAUCUAAAUGUAGCCAAGUUUGAAAGAAUGGAAAAGUUACUUAAAAAGCAAAAGAUGAAACUAGAAAAAGAGAAUGAGAUCAAAUUGCAAAAUGCCAUUAGCAAAUUGGAAAAUGAAAAAGACAUUACAAUUAGUAAUAAAAAUGGUGUCGAAUCUAUCGAAGGGGUUUCUAAAAAUAUGGCAAGAACUAUUGAUUUAUUGUCAGAACAACACGGCAAAGAAUUUGAAAAAGCCAGUAGUAAAAAAAUCAAAAAGUUUAAUAACUCAUUGCUAUCCGACAUGCCAUUAAAACUACAGCAACAAAAGUGA